AUGGCAUCUCGGGCUUCCCUUGGGACCUCGGUCAUGAGGUCCCGGCCCUCGACCAGCGAAGGGAGAUCCGGCCCAUCUUCUUUGUCGUCCACCCCCGACCUCACCAGCAUCGCCUAUGAAAAACAACCACACCAACAACCCCCAUCCCUCACAAUAUCUCCCGCAACCCCCAUCCCCUCAAAAGAACCCCCGCUCCAACCCAACAACAACAACAACAACAACAACAAUGCCAACGCCAAACCCAAAGACCAACCCCCCUCCCCCUCAUCCGACCCCGACCCCGAUGACCCCCCCUUCAGCAUCCACGCGCCCCUCCCCAAAACCCUGAUCACCCUCGCCGCCUCCCUCGCCGCCCUCUUCAGCACCCUCUCCUCCUACAUCUACUACCCGGCGCUGACCCGCAUCGCCGCCGACCUGCACGUCUCGCUCAUGCUGGUCCAGCUGACCAUCACCUCCUACCUGGUCGUGGCCGGGGUGGCGCCCGCCUUCAUGGGGGACAUGGCGGAUCGCGGGGGGCGGCGGCCGGUGUAUGUGCUGAUGUUUGCGUUGAUGGUGGGCGCCAAUGUGGGGAUCGCGCUGCAGGAGAGGUAUGAGGUGUUGUUGGUGCUGCGGAUGGUGCAGAGUGCGGGGUCGUCGGGGAUGUAUGGCGCAGCGUAUGGGGUGAUUGCGGAUGUGGCGACGAUUGGGGAGAGGGGGUCUAGGACGGAUUUUGCUACAAGCUUGGGGCCGGUUAUUGGGGGUGGUUUGACGCAGGGGUUUGGCUGGCGGGCUAUCUUCUGGUUCCUUGUCAUCUUCACGGGGUCGCACUUUGUUCUGAUGUUGUUGUUCUUUCCGGAAACCCAACGAAAGAUCGUAGGGAACGGGAGUAUCAAGCCGAAGGGGUUCAUUUACCAGCCACUCUUUUCGCUGAUCUGGAGGAGAAGGGGAGAAAAGGAUGGUAAAACGGCAAUCUCGGGAGAGCAAAAUGGGACUGAGGAGGGAGCACCGCAAAAAAGCAGGUUCCGGUUUCCGAAUCCUCUGGCUUGCUUGCCGGUGUUGGCAAACAAGGGGUCCCUGCUCGUCAUUCUCAUCACGACUAUCAACUACGCGGUCAAGGCGGCGUUGCAGACCUCACUUGAUGCGCAGUGCGUCGAGUUGUACGGCCUCAACUACAUCCAGGCCGGACUGAUCUACCUCCCGUCAGGGGUAGGGGGCGCGGUGGAUAAUCUUAGCGGGAACCUCCAGAAAAGAAGAACUAACAAGCCGAAACACCUAGCACAUCGCGGUUAUGCUGGUAAUGCAGCUACUGACUGGGACUUCAACCGCUUCACUGUUCGUGACCUCAACAUGGACCGGUCCGCCACUGCUCAGGCGGCCAGCAACCUGGUUCGUUGCCUCAGCGCUGGCGGAGCAGUAGCCAUCUUGCAACCGAUGGUCGACAAUCGUUGUAUCGUGCAAAACCGUGUUCAUUCUGAUGGCUGA